AUGAUCUUGUAUCUAGGACGGUACAAGAUUACUUAUGUGCCUCUCCCUCGAGGUCCGCAACGGUGGGAACUCUUUGACAUUGUGGAGGAUCCCAGAGAGACGCACGAUUUGAGCAAGGAGAAGCCUGAAAUCUUCAAUGAAUUGUUGAAACUCCUGGCUAUCUAUGCUGAGGACGUUGGCGUUGUCGGUUUGGCUGGCCAGAUAACGGCGAACUACCAGGUGGUUGAAGGAGUCAAGGAUGAAUUUGAGGAUACUGGACGGUGGAUUCGUUUUAUUGGCAAGGAUAGUGUGCCACCCGAAAUUCAAGCUCGGCUUCCCAAAUGA